AUGGUUCACAGCAGUCGUCGUAAAUUCAAUGGAAAAAAGAAACCUCAUGAGCCAAGAGAAAAUACUUGGAGAGAUGAUAGGGAUGCUCCAGGAAACCAAGGAUAUCGUGAGGUUUUGAAGGAAAAUGAAAAGUAUUGGACGUACUAUAAAGAGCAAAAUGUUUUCCCGAUCGAGCAGUUUGAUGACUUCCGGGCUGCUUUGCAAAGAGACUUGCCAGUCUCCUUCCGUUUCCAAGGUUGUCAUAAGGACCGUGAGCAACUCAUCCACGAAAUGGAAAGUCGUUUCUUUGGGAAAAUUAUGGAAGCCGGAGAUACUGCUGUUUGCGUGCCAAAGAGCUUGCCGUGGUACAAAGAGGCUUAUCAAACCCCAAUGUCUCGCACCGCAGUCCGUAGUCAUCCUAUUCUCGCUCAGCUUCAUAACUUCUUAGUCACUGAAGCUGAACUCGGAAAUUUGUCUCGACAAGAAGCUGUUUCUAUGAUUCCACCACUUCUCUUGGCGCCAACAUCUGAACAUUAUGUUCUCGAUCUGUGUGCUGCUCCUGGUAGUAAAACUACUCAGUUGUUGGAGAUGAUUCAUGAAAAUGAUGAGAAUCCAAAAGGAAUGGUCAUCGCCAAUGACGUCGACAUGAAACGGUGUUACAUGCUCAUUCAUCACACGCUGAAGCGUUUCAGAACGGCCGCAUGCGCAGUCACUUGUGAAGAUGCUGCCAGAUUCCCACAGAUCUCGGAUAGCGACGGAGGGCUCAUUCAAUUCGACCGUGUCCUUGCUGACGUAAUCUGCUCAGGAGACGGUACUCUUCGUAAAAAUCCAGAAAUCUGGAAAAAAUGGACCCCACAGGACGGUCUCGGUCUCCAUCGUAUGCAAAUCGCUAUUGUAAGAAAAGGAGCUCAACAACUGAAAGUUGGAGGAAGAAUGGUGUACUCCACAUGCUCCAUGAAUCCAAUCGAAGACGAGGCAGUUGUGGCUCAACUGCUCAGAGAUGCUAAGGGUUCAUUAAAGCUUGUGGACACUUCUAAAUUGCUCCCAGAGUUGAAAAGGGAGAGUGGAGUUAAUCAAUGGAAGGUUUUCGACCGUGAUAUGAAGUUGUACAACUCUUUGGAUGACAUAAGUGAGGAAAAAAUGAAGAAAGUCAUCGUUCAAUCACUGUUUCCACCAACGGAGGAAGAGGCAAAGGAGAUGAACUUGCAUUAUGCGUAA